AUGAUCCAAUGUUUCUUUUCCCUGGCAGUUGGUGUAGGACCGAUUAUAAUGUUUUCAUCCUACAAUCGUUUCGAUCAUCCAAUAUAUAGAGAUGCCAUGAUAGUAACCAGCUUGGAUACAGUGACCAGCCUACUGGCUGGUAUUACCAUAUUCGGCAUCCUAGGCAAUUUAGCACAUAAUCUAAAUAUUUCCGAUAUUAAAGAAGUGGUACAAAGUGGCACAGCUUUAGCGUUUAUAUCCUAUCCGGAUGCUAUUGCUAAAUUUCAGGCGGUACCCCAGCUAUUUGCUGUUCUAUUCUUUUUCGUAUUGGGCGUUGGGUCAAUUGUGGCCCUACAGAGUACAAUUGUGACCAUAAUAUGCGAUCAAUUUAAAUCAUUUAAAUAUUGGGCUGUCGCCCUGAUUACAUCGAUAUGUGGAUUUAUAUUGGGUUUGGUGUAUGUGACACCGGGAGGCCAAUGGAUUUUGAAUUUAGUUGAUUUCUUUGGCGGAACUUAUGUUAUAUUUGCCUUGGCAAUUUUGGAAAUUGUUGGUAUUAUUUGGAUUUAUGGCCUACAAAACUUCUGUGACGAUGUCGAAUUCAUGACCCAUCGAAAAGUUUCAAUCUAUUGGCGUUUAUGUUGGUCUUUCUUGACACCGGUUAUGAUGUUGAUCAUAUUUAUCUAUUCCAUGGUAACCAUUGAGCCGCUGACCUAUAAGAAAAUAGAAUAUCCCACGUCUGCCAAUGCUGCUGGUUGA